GUUCUUACAAGAGUCACAGCUGAUUGCUGUUCUUGUUGUUGUAAGUCCCUUUAUAAUCUUUGUAAAAAUAAGGAUGUCCUCCCUUAUAAAAAUAUUAAAUGUAGUGAGAAACGCGAAAACCAUUUUGAAUUGUGUCGCAACCAAAUCCAUAUCUAGUUCAGGCUUAAGCCGAAUACAAUGCACACAACAAAACGAGCAUAAUGCCAUUAUGGGUGCGAUGGUGGCGCGGUCAUUCCAUUCAACAAGCCCUUGCCGAAAUUUAAUGGAAUUCUUCGAUGACCCCAAAAAUUGGCCAGAAAAUGAAGUAAAAGUCGGACGCGCAUGGAAAUUGGAAGAGCUGCGUAUCAAGUCCAACAAAGAGCUACAUCAAUUGUGGUACGUCCUGCUCAAAGAGCGAAACAUGUUACUUACCAUGGAACAUGAAUGCAAUGAUAAAAUGGAAUUAUUUCCCAGUCCGGAACGUUUGGACAAGGUAAAGAUAUCGAUGGCAAAUCUAGAAACUGUCGUACGUGAAAGAAAUAAGGCCUAUCAUCUACUGGAAACUGGCGAAACCGGUGAACGACCAACUCGUAUGGUAUACAGUGCUCUUGGUAUGAGGCAUUUGUACAGAUCCUGUGAGCAUGUAUUACCACCUUAUAUGAACGUCAAAUGGAUAAAAUCCCGAAAUAUUGGCUUUGGUGGACGAGCAGUCCGCAAAUUCCUGUUACUGUAUCGCGAAAAGCUCUACAAUAUGAAACGCAAGGCUAAGAAUCGAUCGCGCAAUGAAGUUAUGAUGAUGUUACGACGCAAUCCGAACAUAGAUGUACAUGUGUUACGACGCAAAUAUCCAGAUGUGGACGUUAACAAGAUACUGAAGGAUGAUAAAACACGUGGACACUUUGUGCCAAAAAUCGGCGCCUGAAAAGUUUUCAACGGAUAAAUAAAAGUUCAAAAAUAUGUAA